AUGGCUUUCUCUUCGCUCCUCCUCGUGGUUGCUGCUGCGUUUGUGCUAGGCCUGGUCGCUAUAUCGAGCAGCAAACGGACUCAACCGAAAGAGGGCAGCAGAUAUCCACCAGGACCUCCAGGAAAACCUCUGGUUGGCAAUCUACCAGACAUUCCUCCUAAACACUCGUGGCUGAAAUUCAAAGAAUGGUCAGAUCAGUAUGGACCGAUAAUGCGCUUGAACAUCGCCGGGAGACAACAUUAUGUUGCAUCGACGGAGAAGGUCGCGAAUGACCUUCUGCGAGAGCGUGGGGGCAUUUAUUCGAGUCGAGAGCAACUGCCAGCUGCUGUACAGUUGCUGUCGAGGUGUUUGCGGCCUUUGUUCUGGCCUUACAAUGACACAUGGCGAGAUGGCCGAAAGUUGAUGCAUCAAGUCUCGAAUAGCACCAUCGUUGGCAACUACCAGCCUACCCAAAUCCUCGAAUCCGCACGGAUGCUCCGAGAUCUGAUCAAAGAUCCCGCGAACUACGAACACUGGUUUGAGCGAUAUUCUGCGGGCAUUAUAUUCCGACUUGCGUUUGGUAAAUUCCUUCAGACCGGUCAUGAGCAGUCCGUGCAUGAUGUGAUCAAUGUCGUUCAUACCGUCGAGCGGGUUGCUUCCCCUGGAGCUUAUCUCGUCGAUACAUUUCCCAGCAUGUUGAACUUGCCACAGGCAAUCGCGCCGUUCAAGCGAGAGCUUACUUGGCUACAUGAUCGAGAGCUGAAGUUGUUCAGGAAGCUAUUGAAUGAUGUCAAGGACGAGAUGCGAGCUGGCACGGCCCCUGAAUGCUGGGAGAAAGAUUACCUUGAGAGGAAGGCAGAGUUCCCUCACCUGACCGAGGACGAAGCCGCGUACGUGGUCGGAACGUUAUUUGAGGCUGGAGCAGGCACGACUGCAGCGGCGAUGAUGUCCUUCAUGCUUGCAAUGGUGCUCCAUACUGAAUGGUUCACCAAACUCCAGAAAGAAAUCGACUCGGUAUGCGGUAGCGACCGCCUACCCACACUUGACGACACACCUCGACUCCCAACGAUGCGCGCAGUCGUGAAAGAAGUUCUACGCUGGCAUCCUGUCACCGCAGGUGGUGUGCCGCACUACUCUAUCAAAGAUGAUGUAUAUAAUGGCCUCUUCAUUCCGGCAGGGACCAAUAUUCACGCCAAUCAGUGGGCCAUCCACCGCGAGCCGGGCCUGUAUCCUGACCCUGAGACCUUCAAACCCGAACGCUGGCUUGAGCCAUCAUACCCAACAUAUCGUGAACCACUCACCACCUACCCCAACCUGCACAAUUACUCGGCCUUCGGGUUCGGCAGGAGGAUAUGCCCUGGUCAGAACAUUGCCGAGAGGAGCCUUUACUUGUUGACUGCGAGGAUUGCCUGGGCUUGUGAUGUGAAGAAGGCGAGGAAGGAUGGGGUCCAAGUGGACCCGCCGUUGUAUGACUAUACAAGUGGGUUCAAUGUACAGCCCAAGUGGUUCGCUUUCGACUUGAAGGCAAGGAGUGAUGAGAGGGUAAGAGUUCUAGAGAACGAGAUUGAGAAGAAUGAAAGACAGGACCCUUUGAAGGGGAGAGUGUAG